GACCUACAUCAGUCAAGUCUUGCUCCUUUCGAACAGUUCUCACUCCUGACUGACUUACACAAGUUAUUAUUACUACUUAUCACUGGUUGUCACUAGAUAAAUCUACCACAACCCCCAUCUUUUCUUAUCACACGCACUUGAUCAUCCGCCAUGGAAAUGUUCGUAGAAGCCACCAUGACCGAAAUCAGCUGCGCCCACAUCUGCCCUGAAUUUCGGUCAGAACAGCGCGUUACAAAACGGCGAAGGUCAGACUCCUUCCAUCGAAGCGCGGAAGACACUGGCAAGCGACGACGCCUCGACACUCGUCGCUCUAGCUUCUCUGUGCGCAAACCGUUGCGCUCUUAUACUCGCCGGCGUCAGAGUGUACAAGCAUGCUUACCAAAAGAACAUGCCGUCGCUCCAGUUGAGAGCCCACCCGGAGAGAAGAGGAAGUCUUCGCUUCUCGACAAGAUUAAACGGUUUUGCAGGAGGAACAGCAGCCGCGGCAGCAGCCGCCACGACUCAGCCAUGAACCACUGGAACAGCUCUACAGCCCAUCUAUUGAGUUCACCGAGUGCCACCCCACGGAGCAGCUAUGAUGAUGGUGACAUCCAGUCGUCCCCAGAAGCAUGGCUUGAUCAAACUCCCGACGGCCGCACCGGGGAGUUCAACUGGUUUGCCAGUGUCGAGGCCGUUCCUCGCCAUCUUUUGGACUCCCGACCACCAUCCCCCACAGAGGGUACCAGCAGGGCAUUACCAUACACAAACCUCCCAGUCCCCAGCUGCGACUCCUUCUCCCCCCAACUACCCACCCAGCCCAUCCAGAUACCCGCACGGCCUGCAUCCCACAACCCAUCAUCCAUCAUCCCCCAAACCGCACGACCAGCCAAACACUCCUCCUCCCCACCCCUCUUCAACCUCCACAGCUUCAACAUCUCAUCCCCCCCGCUCCCCACCUCCCGUCCCUCCCCAGCCACGCACACAGGCCUAUACUCCCACCCAGCAGCCUACUCGCCCCCCCUCUCCCCCCUAUCAAACACCAUGAUGUUCCCCCUCUCGCCCGACACCUCCACGCAGGACCUCUCCGCCGCGCCUCCAUCCACACCAACCACAUCCGACUCGGACUCCAGCUACCUCGAACUGUCACCACAGCUACACACCCCCGCCAUCGACGCCCUGACACGCAGUUUCCGCCACACGUCGCUCGCCUCCAUCCCCGAGUCGGGCGCCCCGCGCUCGAGAGGGAGUGACGAGCGCUGUCUGCAGCAGCUUGACGGCACGGCGUUGCUGCGGAAUAGGCUUCUUGCGCCGCUGGAUUGGGCGGACUCGGAGCUCGUGUUUAAUUACUGGAGGGAUGAGGCGGAUUGCUUGGCUGGGUCUGGGUCUGGGGAGUAGAUGCGGGUGUGUGGUGUGGAGUAGUGAUGGCUUCCUCGCGCGGGACUGCAGUGCGGUGCGAUGGCACGCUUUUCUCUUUUGCUUACCCAGAUGAUGGAGUCAAAAUUUCUUCUGCUGAGAUACCCCCUGCUGU